AUGGGCCAGCGGCCGCUGCUGCAGUGGGGGCAGAGCCUGCAGGACGUGCGCGGCCACGCGCGCUUCCAGCGGCAGCUGCUGCGCGCGGCCGCGGAGCUGCUGCGCGUCGGCGGGGACCUCGUGUACAGCACCUGCACGCUGCUGCCGGAGGAGAACGAGGAGAACGUGCGCUGGGCGCUGGACGUCCUGCCCCUGGAGCUGCUGGACGCCCGGGAGCACGCCUUCCCCGCGCUCGCGGCCGGGGAUGGCGACGCGCUGGCCGGCCUGGCGGACUGGCUGCGGCCUCUGCGACGCGGAGCGGCGCAAGGUGCUGCGCUUCGACCCGCGCUCGUGGGACCUGGGCUUCUUCGUGGCCAG